AUGGAGAAGUUCUCUCAGUUCCGCGACAAAGGCUCUGGCAUUGCGCCAUUCCUCCCAAUCCCUCACAAACCCGCCGGCAUCGCUCUGCCUUUCCAUACCUUUCUCUUCAUCUUCCGUGUCCCGGUACUUCUGAUGUUUGCAAUAUCAUAUUUCCUGGUGCUACAAUGGAUGCCUAUAGGAGUACUGGGAAGGAAAGCAUCACUAUGGUGUAUACUGGGGAUACCGGGGAUAUGGUGGAUCGACUUGCAAAUCGAUGGAGUAAAGAAAGGGUCAUUGGCAAAAAACAGCACCCGGAUACCUCAGGCUGGCUCAGUGAUAGCUUCAUCACAUGCUUCGCCCAUAGACGCACUAUACCUGGCUGCUAUCUUCGACCCGAUCUAUGCGGCGACAUAUCCAAACACGAGGCUCGUCGAACCGAUCUCGCUUUUCACGGCUGUAUAUCGGUCUUUCACGUAUCCAAAACUGAAUCCUCCAGAGGGCGCCAAGUUGGUUGAUAUAGGUGCCCUGGUUGCACGCAACCCGAACCGUAUUCUGGUGGUAUUCCCCGAAUGUACCACGUCCAACGGAAGAGGCAUCCUGCCCAUGAGUCCAAGUCUCUUGAACACACCACCACGAACAAAAGUCUUUCCCGUCAGUUUGAGAUUUACACCUGCCGACGUCACAACACCGAUCCCGCACUCCUACCUCACUUUCUUGUGGAACCUGUGCAGUAGACCGAGUCACUGCAUACGGAUCCGUAUAGCAGAAUCCAUGUACAACACGUCCAAGAGAAGCCCGGAACCAGCAGUGGCCAAAGCAUCGUCAUAUACAACAAAUUAUCUCGACACUCUGGCGUCUGACGGCACAGGGAGUGAUGCCGACACGCUUGUGGGUGGUGAAGAUUCCGAAGGUCCCACGACCAAGGAAGAACGAGCAUUUCUAGAUAAGAUUGCCGAGGCAUUGGCUAGACUGGGCCGGGUCAAACGAGUGGGAUUAGGGGUCAAGGACAAGAUCGAGUUUGUGUCCAUGUGGACAAAAUCCCGGAGACGAUGA